CAAGGUAGGCUGUCAUUCUGCAAAAGCUGUCCAUAGUAAGCUUUCCUCUGAGAAGUAUUGCUGUUCCUUUUUAGAAAAGCUGAAUCUAAAUGUUGUCUCUGGAGACAAGAAGCCUUCAGUAUGUUAAAUUACUUUCAUUAUGUAUUUUCAGAUGCUUAUUGAUUCUACAAUAGGACGAGUGGGAGACUGCAGCAGCCUCUAAAGCAGCACUACAUGUUGUAUACAUUAGCAGUAUGCUGAAACAAUGGCACAACACAGGCACAAAUUUUCAUUAAGGUCAUUUUUUGAAGAGAUGCUUAUGACCCUCUUUCCCCUGUACUCUGCUAACAAGUGAACAAAAUGAAUCCCUCAAAAUUGGAACUGCUUCAUCUGCAUCGAGAACUGAUCAAAUCCUUAGUGGAGGGCAUGCCGCAUCUAAUUCAGUUUUACUACUGACAAUAUGAAGAAUGCAAUUGACUGGGCAUCUUUCUAGCUGUCUGAUCUACAAGCUACAGGAUGUACUUAUAAUAUAAACUCUUAAGAAAUAAAGGAAUUAGAAUAAAACCAUGGAACAGGUUCUAUUUCUACGUAAGUGUUUAACACUUCAACAAUAUACAUAGAAGAUUAGCACAUCUGCUCAUAUUUUCAUGAAAAGAAGAUUAAUAUAAUGGUUUAUUCCUAAAACAAAAUGGUGAGCAUUUCUUAAAAAGGGAUUUAUAAUUUAAAACCAGAUUUACGGAAACUACUGAUUCAAGAAGAAACAAAGGAGAAUGUGCAUACUUCAUCAGCAAGCUAAACAAGGCUUUAAUCAAGCUUUUUCUACACUACAUAUUAAGUCACUUCUUUGUCAUAAUGACUAAUGGAUAUUUUUUCUCUUAAUUUUAUGACCUUUUAUGUAUUCUCCUUUAAUGAAAAUAAACCAAAUUAAGCAGUCCAUAGUUUCCAUCAAAGCACAUGAACUGGAUUUUACAAUGUAAAACAACUUAUGUGACAAAGCCAUCACUCUAAAGUAAUGAGAAGUAUUAUAAAACCAAAUGUGCAAUUGUAACUAAAGGAUGCCUAAAUAUAUUUUUGAAGCCAGAAACUGGAUGUCUCUGUUUUUAUUUUCAUUUAUCCUGGAAAAUAAAAAUAUGCUGCCAUGAGAUGCAAAGGGGGAAUUUAAUGUCACUUAAAAGAAGUUUUGUUUUUAUUGGUGGCUUUAGAAAGCAGAACAAACAAUAUGCACUGGUCUCUAGAAAUAUUUCAGGAAAUUAAGUCCUUUUGUUCAAUCACAAAAUUGUGCUCCUGAAGUGUUGGAACCAAAAAAAAAAAAAAAGGAAAAACAUUCUGCAAGGGAUGAAAUAGAGCACAGCUACAACUCAGCUGCCAGGUGAAAUGCAUGUCAAAAUUCUGUCAGUGACACCAUGUAUCAAUUUAUGACAAGCUGCUACAGUGAGCUGAAAGGCCCUUGAGGCAACAGAAAACAGGACAAAAACAACUGCAACAAAAGAAUGUGCUUCUCUCCCAUUCCGGAAGUCAACAUGCAGUCUGAAUCUAACAUUACAGUUCGAGAUGCCAUUGAUGACAUCAACACCAAUAUGUACCGAGCACUGUCAUAUCCAUUAAGCUUUCAAGUUUCUCUCACUGGAUUUCUGAUGUUAGAAAUUGUGUUGGGACUUGGCAGCAACCUCACCGUGUUGGUACUUUACUGCAUGAAAUCCAACUUAAUCAAUUCUGUCAGUAACAUUAUUACAAUGAACCUUCAUGUACUUGAUGUAAUAAUUUGUGUGGGAUGUAUUCCUCUAACUAUAGUUAUUCUUCUGCUUUCACUGGAGAGUAACAGUGCUCUAAUUUGCUGCUUCCAUGAGGCUUGUGUUUCUUUUGCAAGUGUUGCGACCGCAAUCAACGUUUUUGCUAUCACUUUGGACCGAUAUGAUAUCUCUGUAAAACCUGCAAAUCGAAUUCUGACAUUGGGAAGGGCUGUGAUGUUAAUGACAUCAAUAUGGAUUGUCUCUCUUUUCUCCUUCCUGAUUCCCUUCAUUGAAGUCAAUUUUUUCAGUCUUCAAAGUGCAAGUACUUGGGAAAAUAAAACUCUUUUGUGUGUCAGUGUAAAUGAAUACCACACUGAACUGGGAAUGUACUACCAUCUCCUAGUACAAAUUCCAAUAUUUUUCUUCACCGUUAUAGUAAUGCUAAUUACAUAUACCAAAAUACUCCAGGCUCUUAAUAUUCGAAUAGGCACAAGAUUUACAACAGGGCAAAAGAAAAAAGCCAGAAAGAAAAAGACUAUUUCUUUGACCACACAACACGAGACUACUGAUGUGUCACAAAGCAGUGGCGGGAGAAAUGUAGUCUUUGGCGUAAGGACUUCAGUUUCAGUAAUAAUUGCCCUACGGCGAGCUGUAAAACGACAUCGUGAACGACGGGAAAGACAAAAGAGAGUCUUCAGAAUGUCCCUGUUGAUUAUUUCAACAUUUCUUCUCUGUUGGACACCCAUUUCUGUUUUAAACACUACAAUUUUAUGUCUGGGCCCAAGUGACCUUUUGGUAAAGCUGAGAUUAUGUUUUCUAGUUAUGGCAUACGGAACAACUAUAUUUCACCCUCUACUUUAUGCAUUCACUAGGCAAAAAUUUCAGAAGGUCCUGAAAAGUAAAAUGAAAAAACGAGUCGUUUCAAUAGUGGAAGCAGAUCCCAUGCCGAAUAAUGCUGUAAUACAUAACUCAUGGAUAGAACCUAAAAGGAACAAACAGAUUACUUUUGAAGACAAUGAAGUAAGGCAGAAAUGUUUAGUACCUCAGGUUGUCACUGACUAGUUUUCAGUAAAGUAUUCACCAAAUCAUCCAAGAGGAAAUAUAUGAACAAACUGUAGAAAAUACUGCCAAAUAAGGGAAACUUUUUAAAUAUUGGCUAGACUGUAAAUUUUCUAUAUAUAUAUAUAUAUAUUAUAUAGAUUAGGCCUUGUAUAUUCAAUUUCUUCAUUACUUAAUAUACAUGUUGCAUGGCAGUUUGUUAGCGUAAUAUCGUGUAUAUUUGUCAAAAAGAUAUUAAUGUAAGUCAUAUUUUCUAAAAAAUAAAUAGCCUUAAAGCA